CUGUAUGAUUGUAUGACCAGGCAUGCGCUCGCGUCUGAGAACCAACCGACGCUGAGCAGAGAGCGGAUGAAGAAGAAGCGUUUGGUGGCAUCUGCGAACUCCCGACCACUCCGCUUACUAUUGGCAACGGAAAGACGGUAGCCUCGACAGAUACAGCGGACUCCUGACACUCAGCAACAGAAGGGCAACAUAAUACAUUUAGCUGUAAAAAGCAACAACAGUCUUUGCUGGAUAAAGACAGCAUUCACACAUAAGGACGAACGCCGGUGCUGAAGCUCAGCUGCGACUAGGGAGGUGUAGACGGCAAUACUCAGAUCUCAUUUGUCUGUGAUGAGAAUCGCCAUCCACCAGAGACCUAAGGCUGUGACCAUACUGUGAACGUCACACGCUUGAACCCCUUAAAGGGCCAACUCCCCGGGAGGAGUUUUGCUUUUACUGACCACAAACAAGAAACACUCGUCCACCCCACCAACAGGCGUGCCCCCGUCAUCGUCUCCUCUGAAAGGAAGAGGAAGUGAUGUCACGUCACCACAACCGCUUCGAGAGGGAGUACAGGGGGAUGCCGUGGGAGAGGCGGGACAUCAUCCGUCCGGCUGGCCUCCUCAACGGAUCGGGAGCCAAUAACAGCUGCCCAGCCGUCAAUGGUAACAACCGCCCGGGACUCCUCCCACUGCCCGUCAUCCCUUCCCUCCUGCCAACCCCGGUUACGGUUGCCGUGACGACAUCGAGUGGUGGUGACAUGGUUGUCAAGCGUCAAGGAGGGGUCCCAGUCACGGCCGCUGGUGCUGCCAAGGUAUCAGGUGUGUCUCCAGGGGAGAGGGAGAGCCAGGCUCCAGGUCUGCUGUUAGCUCCAGGGGUGAGGUGGGGACAGACACCCAUCAACCAGCUCACACCCUGGGAGACCGAUGAACCCCCUGCCAAACAACAGCACAGAGACUGUGAACCCAUAGGUCCUCCAUGGGUACCUUCUGGAGCAGCAGUGACCAAGUCCAGUCUCCUGCCCCACUCCUACCCCCUCCAGCCCCCCUCCUUCAGCCACAGUGUCACUGUCCAGUGCCCUAUUAUAGGUCUGACUCCCUCCAUCCAGUCACCCAUGCCCCUCCACCCCCACCCGCUCAUGACAGCCCACUUCCAGCUACCCCCGCACUCCACCGCCCACCAACCCCCCGCCAUGGUUCUCAAAAUGCCCUACCAGCCACCCUAUCCCUUGGCCCAGCCCCCUGUCUUCUCCUCACCUCUCUCUACCCCCUCAGGUGGUCCCAGGGGAGCACACACCAACCAACAAAACCACAGAGUGAUGGGGAACGGUCAUCUGACGCCUCACCCCCCUCCUCACCACUCUCACCCAGCUCACCCUCUCAUACAGCCCCAUGUCCUGCCUCUGACCAAUGGGCAGUUGGCGCGGCUAGUUCCGCCUACUCCAGUAGCCAAUCAGGAUGGUCCUAGAGGGCCCAAUGGGCUGCAGAUGCUGAGGACGGUGGGGAUGGGAAAGUACGAGUUCACAGACCCAGGACAUCCUAAAGAGAUGUUGAAGGAGUUGAACCAACAGCGCAGAGCGAAAGAGUUUACAGACCUGAAAAUAAUUGUUGAAGGCAAAGAGUUUGAAGUCCACCAAAAUGUUCUAGCUUCCUGCAGCCUUUAUUUCAAGGACCUGGUGAAAAGGUCGUCAGGGGAGACGAGGAGCGGGGAGAUGCUAGAGCUGCAGAUGAGCGACAUUGGAGCUGAGGUGUUGGAGCUGUUGCUGGAGUUUGUCUACACGGGCUCUCUGGUCAUAGACUCCGCUAACGCCAAGACACUGCUCGAGGCCGCCAACAAGUUCCAAUUCAACACCUUCUGCAAAGUCGGUGUGUCCUUCCUAGAGAAACAGCUAACAGCAGGGAACUGUCUAGGUGUGCUGGGCAUGGCUGAGGCUAUGCGAUGUACAGAGCUCCACAACAUGGCCAAAGCCUUUGCACUCCAGAACUUCCCUGAGGCGGCGGGUCAGGAGGAGAUUCUGAAUGUGUCUAAGGAGGACCUGGUGGCCUACCUGUCAAAUGACAGCCUCAAUACCAAGACUGAGGAACUGGUCUACGAGACUGCAAUCAAUUGGAUCAAACGAGACCCCACCUCCAGAGUACAGCACGUAUCAGAGUUAUUAGCAGUGGUGCGUCUUCCCUUCAUCCACCCGUCCUACCUGCUGAACGUUGUGGACAACGAGGAGUUAAUAAAGACGUCGGAAGCGUGUCGAGACCUGGUCAACGAGGCCAAGAGAUAUCACAUGUUACCUCACGCCAGACAGGAGAUGCAGACACCUAGGACACGACCACGGCUAUCUGCAGGUGUGGCGGAGGUGAUAGUGUUAAUCGGUGGUCGCCAGGCCAUCGGUAUGAACCAGCGGUCUCUGACGGCGGUGACGUGUUUUAACCCUCAGAACAGUAAGUGGUACCCACUGGCCAGCCUGCCCUUCUACGACAGAGAGUUAUUCAGCGUCAUCUCAGCAGGGGACAACAUCUACCUGUCAGGUGGGACAGAGUCGGGUGUGACGGUAACUGACGUGUGGUGCUACAUGUCUCUAUUGGACAACUGGAACCUGGUGUCCCGUAUGACGGUGCCUCGCUGCAGACACAACAGUCUGGUGUACGACGGGAAACUCUAUACCAUCGGAGGACUGGGCGUGUCAGGAAACCUGAACCAUGUAGAGAGGUACGACACCAUAACCAACCAGUGGGAGACUGUGUCUCCGCUCCCCAAGCCGGUGCACUCUGCAGCAGCCACGGUGUGCGGGGGGAAGGUGUAUGUGUUUGGAGGGGUGAACGAGGCGGGCCGAUCGGCGGGGGUACUGCAGUCAUACGUCCCUCAGACCAACUCCUGGAGCUUCAUAGAGUCACCCAUGAUAGAUAAUAAGUAUGCCCCAGCGGUCACUCUGAAUGGGCUCAUCUUUAUUCUGGGAGGAGCCUAUGCCCGGGCCAUCACCAUCUAUGACCCAGACAAAGGAAACAUCAAAGCCGGACCCAACAUGAACCACUCACGACAGUUCUGCAGUGCGGUGAUCCUGGAUGGUAAGAUCUACGCAACGGGGGGCAUUGUGAGCAGCGAGGGUCCUGCCCUGGGCAACAUGGAGAUCUUUGACCCCCACACCAACAACUGGACGCUCCUCCAGUCGCUGCCCUGCCCUCUCUUCAGACACGGCUGUGUCAUCAUCAAGAAGUACAUCCAGAGUGGCUGAGAUCGGUUCCGUGAUGAAUGAGUUUCCUGAAAGCUUUGUAGCCAAUGUGGCUUUAUUUUCUCUGGACGACCCAGACCCACGCCUCUUGUAGAACAGCAAAGUGCUUCAGCUUCAUUUGGCGAACUUUGUUCACUUUUACCCCAGAACUGUCAAAACAUUUACAAUUAUUGUUAGUCGCCCUCUGCUGUGGGGCUGGGUUAUCGAGAGAAACAAAGUGUCAUGUUAGCUAUGAAGCUUUCGGGAAAACUCCCCCCUGACCGGUUUGGUCUGGUUAGGACAGGACACUCUGUGUGCAGCUUUUGGGGGUCGAUCGGUCACACCGCUGGACUGGACUAUCCAACUAAAACCCCCUCGGGACUUGAUGCCAGUGUUGUUGUCUUUACUCCACCCCCACCCCUUCAGUCCCCCAUCAACCCCCUGUGCAGAAUGUAGGCAUCUUACUGUAUCUUGAACCACUUGGCCAUGUCAGGUACUGGUGCCUAAGCUACUGUAUGUAUCAUAUAGUGUAGCUUAACCCCCCCCCCCCCUCCC